AUGACUCUUAUCCACAUCGUCCUUUUCAAGUUCCGUCCAGAAAUAACUGCGGGACAUAAAGCCACAUUUGUCCGUGAGCUCCGAAAACUCAAGGAUCUUUCCUGCGUGAAAGACGGAAGGUUGAUCGUAGGCGGUCCGUCAGUCACCGACCCCAUAGAGCGGAGUAAAGGCUUCCAGUAUGCGCUGGUUAGUUACCACGAGGACCUCGAAGCCUUAGCAGAGUACCAGGCAAGCCCAGAGCACCAUUGGGUAACCUCAACGUACAUGUUCCCAUAUAAGGAAGACCUUUGCCGUUUCGAUUUCGAAGUAGAGCCGGAGGACGAAUAUAUGUGCAACUUCAUCGAGAGGUCGUUCGCAGGGAAGAAGCAAGACUCAGUCAUUGGGGGCGUAAUCACACCCACAGAUAGUGACGUGGAGCGCGAAGCUGGACCAGCAGAGGCAGAGCAGCGGUGA